GCGAGUUAGUUGGACCCACCGGGCACUUGUAAACAGAAGCCCCAGGGUAUCGUGUUACAGUGUUGCUGGUGUGUGUUGUGGCUUGACAGGAGAUUGGUCGGACACAUGUCCCCCACACAUCUGGUCCAGCAUCUGGUGCCUCUUUGUUGCCUCUGGCCAGACCAUCAGGAACCACCUCGGUGGGAUAAACUGCACUCACUCCUCACUUAGGAAACAUUCAAGAUUUGGAUACAACUGGGCCGGUUGUUGCUGUGUGAAGAUAUGACAUCAUGGGGAACUGGACAUCUAAGCCGUACAUCAUCGAUGAGUAUGACUCGGAUGACUUCGAGGAUGACGAAGCAGUAGCCAGUCAGAGAGGCGAUAAGGCCGAUGACCUGGGGUCAGCUCCGAAUGGUGUGAGUGGUCAGCCCAGUGGGGACGUGGUCAGCAGUCUGGUGAAGGAGGUGGAGGAGCUCCUGGGCCAUCUCGCCAACCAGGACUACCAGGCCGCUCACGAGGCGGCCAUCUUGUUGCAGGGCCUAAAAGCAGGUUCCUCGGAAGAAUUGGGAACAACCAAUGUGGAUUCUUCUAAAAAAUCUGUUGCUCCCAAAAGUGGAAUACCCAAAUCUGGCAAAAGUCGGCUGAAAAAGCCGAAGCCCAUUUCAAGCAGUGCCCUUGACAAAAGUGAGGUAGAAUCACCUUCAACUAAGGGAAAUAACUCUGAGGACACUGCAGAUCAUGACUCACAGGUUGAAUUAAAGAAUGAGAAAAAUAAGUCACUCACGAACACUGAACCAGAAGUUGAUUAUAUACCCGAGGAUGACUUAGUAUUCGAUGAAAAUAACUUGGCAGGGAAUUUACCGCCGUCUUUGCAAUAUUCCGGAGAAUUGAUGAACAAGGAGGAAAUUCUUGCUCAAAGUGUGACGGAACUCAAACGACAAAGUUUGUCGAAAUCUUUGUCAAGUUGCCCAAGUGACCCAACAGGUUCUCAAAGCAAGGGAGACAACUGUGACACUAUGAAUGGGGAUAACAGAUGUGUGUUGGAGAGCGGUGCCAGGACGCCCGACGGCAUGAAAGACUUGGUGUGGGAGAUUGAUGUGUCCAGUAUGACGGGGAGGAAGAAGCCGACCAAAAAACAAUCAGGUAUCCCAAGUCUGAGGACGCCAAGUGUCAAACAGGAAAAGGAGGACGUUACCGAGCCGUACACGCCACCAAAGGUCACGGCCACGUAUGAGGACAUCGCACAGAGAAAGGUCCUGGACCUGAAGCGAUGGUGCUGCAUCAGUCGUCCCCAGUACAGCAGGUCCUGCGGAGUCUCAUCCCUCAUCUCCUGCUGGAACUACCUGUUCAGUACCUUGGGACAGGGCAGCCUUCCCCCCAUCACACAGGAAGAGGCUCUCGUCAUCCUGGGAUUCCAGCCCCCCUUCAACGAGAUCCGGUUCGGCCCCUUCACGGGGAAUGUUGCACUCAUGAGAUGGUUCCGCCAGUUAAAUGACCAUUUCAAGAUCAAAGGGCGCUGUUACUACAUGUACAAACCCAACGGAAAGCAUCGUACCUCUGGCAUCACAUCCGAUGAUGCCCUACAAACGCUGAAGAUGGGCCUGAAGGAUCCCAACACAGCCUACAUCUACCACUGUCAGAACCACUACUUCUGUCCUGUUGGCUAUGACGACACGCCACUGCGAGCAGACGAGGCCUACAGCGGCCCCUUGCCCCAGGAAGAGGUCAACACGUGGAUACUGAUUGGCGACCCCAGCGCCAGCCAUCCCAGCAUGCACUGCAAAAGGUGGUCUGACAUUUCUACUGAUCUAAACAACCAGUCACCCGACUUCCUGGAUAUCCGUCGUCUGUACCGCGGGCAGCAGAAGAGUAAGACGAAGAAGGUUGGUAGAAACCUUCACUGCAUCAUAACAUUUCAGAAGAGUCACCAGCUUCCUUCGCGACGGACCGGGAUUCCCCGUGUGUCCGGACUUCCUGUGCGGCGGAACGGAAGUGGAAGUAGUCCGGUGGCCGGUGCGGGUGACGCUCGCACGUCCCCACUUGCAGGCUACGACUUGAAGAACGGAAGACUGGAUGAAGAUGACCUCAACUUUGAUGAGGACACUGACGACAGCUUUGAGGACGAUGUCAACUCGGAUUGAUCCUGCUGACUGAACACUACAAAUGUUUGGCGAUUUAAGAAAUAAAAAACGAGUGGGAGUUGUUUAUCGUACAAUCAAACACUGCAGGGAUAUGAGAUAUAAAAAUUAUGUACAACUUCUUUAUGGAUGUUUGUAUUUAAAUAAUGAUGAGUCCCUGAAAAGAAUCCGACCUCGGCAAAGUCAGACAAGUCCAUUUUAUGUACAGGGUUUGGUCUUUCACACAUAUUCUCAAUAUUUUCACAUCAAUUAUCUGUACCUUUUCUCCCACGACUGAUUGUCAUAUCUCUCUCACUUUUGGAAGCGAUCGUUCGAGGUUGUGAGGCCAUGUUCGAAUCUCCAGAAAUGACAUCAUGAUAGAACAAUGUUUUAUCGUGAAAUAAACCACUCUCCAUUCUUCAUUGUUCUUUGCGAUUUAUCGCAUACCUAUCUUAUAUAGUAUAA